AUGGGGAAGCUCGCAUCUGCAGCGAGAACAAAGGGUGGCUUUGUUAAAAAGCCGCAAUCUCCCAAUUUGGGAGAUAACCUAAACACUGCAUCAUUGGAUGAUGACGAAGACCUGCCACAUAUUGGUAGGACCUCAGGGACAAACCCUGAGGAUCCCAAAAACUUACAUGGGGUAAAUGCAGGGAACAAUACCCUUAGAACCCCAUGUGCCAACAUGAUCUCUCCUAGAAAGAGAGAGUUCUCACCACUGGGUGAGGAGGCAAACAUGCACACACAUAAGCGCGUGGCUGCCACACUAACAGCCUUAAGGGCUGGGUCAGACAUGCCAAAAGAAGUCCCUGAGCCCCACUAUCCUCAGGGAACCUCCCACUUGGUGCAAGACACUGACAACAACAACAGUAACUCCUGCUGGCGCAGGUGUCAGGGCACGCCUGCCCGACCCCGCACCGCACCCCGCACUGUACCGCACUACCCUGCUAUCACUCCCCGUCUCUCCUCCUCCACUUUCCCCUUCCUCUCUAUCUCUAUUUCUAUUUCUAUUCUACGGUCGAUUUCCCUUUCUCUGUCAAAUCCAUACAAUCCCGACCUCCGCUCCGGGCUCCCGGAACUCCGAACUCCGACUUCCAGAGCCCUACUUCCCUUCCAUCACCUUCUCCUUGCCGACUCCCAAGAGGUUAUCCCACCUCCGGCUCAGACACCACCUUCAGUCCGACUCUGGAACAUUCUGGGUCCGACCCCAACCUCGACAUCUUCCAGAUGA